UUCAGCAGUGGUGACAACCAGACUGGUGUUCAACUCAUCUCCAGCCCCCAGUGAAGAUCUGGUGCUCAGUGCCAUCACCACUCUCAGGAACUCCAGAGAAUCACAACUCAACGAAACAGUGAAAGUGGUGAAUUUCACCUAUGAAAAAAUCUCGGACACCUCCUAUGCGCUUGUCAUUACAUUUGCUCUGAGUAACAUCAGCAUUCCAGUGAACCCAGAACUCAGAAACAACACGUUCAGUCAUGUACAGAAUAUUGCAAAUAAUGCGCUGAACACUCUUCUGAAUGAGCCUACCAGUGCUGUUCUUGAACCCAAGACCUCAGACUUCACGAGCACAUCAGACCAAAUGAAUGGCAUGGUAAAUUACACCUUCCAAGAUGGAGAUGCCAUACAACCAGUCAGCUUCCUAAAUCUACUUCGGUUACCAAUUGGAUCAACCACUACAGUGUCUCCUCUGACAACAAGCAUGUUCCCUGUGACAUCUCUAAAUCAAGUAUCUGGUUCAGCAGUGGUGACAACCAGACUGGUGUUCAACUCAUCUCCAGUCCCCAGUAAAGAUCUGGUGCUCAGUGCCAUCACCACUCUCAGGAACUCCAGAGAAUCACAACUCAACGAAACAGUGAAAGUGGUGAAUUUCACCUAUGAAAAAAUCUCGGAAACCUCCUAUGCGCUUGUCAUUACAUUUGCUCUGAGUAACAUCAGCAUUCCAGUGAACCCAGAACUCAGAAACAACACGUUCAGUCAUGUACAGAAUAUUGCAAAUAAUGCGCUGAACACUCUUCUGAAUGAGCCUACCAGUGCUGUUCUUCAACCCAAGACCUCAGACUUCACGAGCACAUCAGACCAAAUGAAUGGCAUGGUAAAUUACACCUUCCAAGAUGGAGAUGCUAUACAACCAGUCAGCUUCCUAAAUCUACUUCGGUUACCAAUUGGAUCAACCACUACAGUGUCUCCUCUGACAACAAGCAUGUUCCCUGUGACAUCUCUAAAUCAAGUAUCUGGUUCAGCAGUGGUGACAACCAGACUGGUGUUCAACUCAUCUCCAGUCCCCAGUAAAGAUCUGGUGCUCAGUGCCAUCACCACUCUCAGGAACUCCAGAGAAUCACAACUCAACGAAACAGUGAAAGUGGUGAAUUUCACCUAUGAAAAAAUCUCGGACACCUCCUAUGCGCUUGUCAUUACAUUUGCUCUGAGUAACAUCAGCAUUCCAGUGAACCCAGAACUCAGAAACAACACGUUCAGUCAUGUACAGAAUAUUGCAAAUAAUGCGCUGAACACUCUUCUGAAUGAGCCUACCAGUGCUGUUCUUCAACCCAAGACCUCAGACUUCACGAGCACAUCAGACCAAAUGAAUGGCAUGGUAAAUUACACCUUCCAAGAUGGAGAUGCUAUACAACCAGUCAGCUUCCUAAAUCUACUUCGGUUACCAAUUGGAUCAACCACUACAGUGUCUCCUCUGACAACAAGCAUGUUCCCUGUGACAUCUCUAAAUCAAGUAUCUGGUUCAGCAGUGGUGACAACCAGACUGGUGUUCAACUCAUCUCCGGUCCCCAGUGAAAAUCUGGUGCUCAGUGCCAUCACCACUCUCAGGAACUCCAGAGAAUCACAACUCAACGAAACAGUGAAAGUGGUGAAUUUCACCUAUGAAAAAAUCUCGGACACCUCCUAUGCGCUUGUCAUUACAUUUGCUCUGAGUAACAUCAGCAUUCCAGUGAACCCAGAACUCAGAAACAACACGUUCAGUCACGUACAGAAUAUUACAAAUAAUGCGCUGAACACUCUGCUGAAUGAGCCUAUCAAUGCUGUUCUUCAACCCAAGACCUCAGACUUCACGAGCACAUCAGACCAAAUUAAUGGCAUGGUAAAUUACACCUUCCAAGAUGGAGAUGCCAUACAACCAGUCAGCUUCCUAAAUCUACUUCGGUUACCAAUUGGAUCAACCACUACAGUGUCUCCUCUGACAACAAGCAUGUUCCCUGUGACAUCUCUAAAUCAAGUAUCUGGUUCAGCAGUGGUGACAACCAGACUGGUGUUCAACUCAUCUCCAGUCCCCAGUAAAGAUCUGGUGCUCAGUGCCAUCACCACUCUCAGGAACUCCAGAGAAUCACAACUCAACGAAACCGUGAAAGUGGUGAAUUUCACCUAUGAAAAUAUCUCGGACACAUCUUAUGCAGUCAUCUUUACAUUCACCCUGAGUAACAUCAGCAUGCCAAAGGACCCAGAAUCUAGAAAUGACACUUUCAAUGAAGUGCAAAAUAUUGUCAACAAAGCACUGAACACUCUUCUGAAUGAGCCUACCAAUAUUUUUCAACCCAAGUUCUCUGAUUUGAAGAGCACAUCAGACCAAAUUCAUGGCAAUAUGGAUUACACCUUCCAAGAUGCAGAUGCCAUACGACCAGUCAGCUUCCUAAAUCUGCUUCAGUUACCUAUUGGCUUAACAACUAUCAACACUCUGACAGCAAGCACAACUCUACCACCUAUUGUCCUUGGAACUGCAAUCAUUUACAUUGAACUGGUGUUUUUCACACUGGGCCCUGCUCCAAAUGAGAACAGUGUUCUACAGAUAGCAAACAGUCUUCUAGAUGCAAAACUGAGAACCAGACGAGAUGUCCAAACACUGAAAGAUCCUGUCAGCUUUAUGAACAUCACCUAUAAGAGAAUUACUGAGAAUCAAUAUACCUUAACCUUUGGAUUUGAAAUCGGCAAUGUAUCUAUGUCUGAAAAAUUUGAAUUCAGGAACGACACCCACGAAAUUGUACAAGACAAAAUAAAUGAAUUGCUGAGCAAGAUCCUAAAUGACCCCAAAGCAGCUACAUUCAAGUUCCCAGCCAGAUUUGAGGGUAAUUCAACCGUGAUUCGAGCUGAUGUGCAGUACGUUUUCAGAGAAGGUGACAUCGGUGCACCCAGCCAGUUCCUUGAAGAACUUCUCAAAAUCAAUGGAGUCAUUACCACUCCUGCACCUGCAACCACCUUUUACCCCACUUUAGUGAACAACAGCACUAGUGCAGCGUGGGUCGUGGCUAUAAUUGUACCCUGUGCUAUAGCCAUUAUGCUUGUACCUUGCUGGAUUCUUCUAUGUUGUAUGCUAUGUGGCUGCUGUGCUCGAAUAAGGCGACGCUGGCACAGGAGACAGUCAUACAAUGUGCAGUAUACAACACGACACAGCCUCUUCUAAAAAAUCUGAAAUAUUGAGAAGAAUCAAGAAUGGACAUUAUGUAAAAAAUCUGAAAGAUAUUGAUGAAAACUGGAAAUUAGCUAUUUUUAUGUUUUUCAAUUUAUUAUAAUGAACAAACUAAGCUUGCUUUAUGACUUAUUUAUUUGAAUGUGCCUGUAUUGAAUAUUUAUUUGCUGGACGUACAGGAUCGCCAUAAAAGAGCCAUAUACUGUGACCUGUUUUCAGACUUUCUUUGUAGUAUAGAAUGGACAAAUAUUUAUUUGUAUUUAUUUAUACUCUGCCAAAUGUAUAUUCUCUUAAAAAAUAAUUUGUUUCAAAUUAAUAUUUAAUUUAAAAGGACAACUUUUGUCGUUUAAAGUUUUAUUCACCUUAUGAAGAAAAUGUGUACAAAUAUUCUUCAUAUGCAAUUAAAAGACAUAGCAUGUUUAAACUAUUUAUAACUUCAAUAAAAAUACUGGAUGUAACAAC